AAGCCGCAUCAGUGUGAUAUCUGUGGUAAAUCAUUUUCUCGAAGUGCUGACUUACCUAAACACAAACGUACUCAUACAGGAGAGAAACCAUAUCAGUGUGAUAUCUGUGGUAAAUCAUUUUCUCAAAGAUCUGAUUUACCUAGACACAAACUUACUCAUACAGGAGAGAAACCAUAUCAGUGUGAUAUAUGUGGUAAAUCAUUUUCUCGAAGUGCUGAAUUACCUAAACACAAACGUACUCAUACAGGAGAGAAACCAUAUCAGUGUGAUAUCUGUGGUAAAUCAUUUCCUCGAAGAGCUGAUUUACCUAGACACAAACAUACUCAUACAGGAGAGAAACCAUAUCAGUGUGAUAUCUGUGGUAAAUCAUUCUCUGGAACUGCUGAUUUACCUAGACACAAACGUACUCAUACAGGAGACAAACCAUAUCAGUGUGAUAUCUGUGGUAAAUCAUUUUCUGAAAAUAGCACUUUAACUCGUCACAAACGUAUUCAUACUGGGGAAAAGCCAUACCAUUGUGAUAUCUGUGGUGAAUCAUUUUCUAGAAAUUACAAUUUAACUGAUCACAAACUUAUCCAUACAGGAGAGAAGCCAUACCAUUGUGAUAUCUGUGGUAAAUCAUUCACUACAAAUAGUUCUUUGACUAGUCAUAUACGUAUUCAUACUGGGGAAAAACCAUAUCAGUGUGACAUCUGUUGUAAAUCAUUCUCUACCAGUGGUGACUUAAAUAAACACAAACUAUAA